AACAAAACCAAAAGUUGUUAGAGACUGGGAGACGUGUAUGCCUACGCCAAUAAAAAAGACAGAGACCAUAGACAUCUGUUGACCUAUUUCAGGUCAGUAGAACAUCAAGAUCAAAAAUGUUUUCGACGGGGUCGCGAGAAGCGACGCGACGAGUUGUCGCAAACAGUACGCUUCUCCGAAACUCGAUAAGGCCCUUCUCAAGCACAUCAGCACAGUUGCAGGUUGGCUCGGUCUUUCCCCAGGUACGACUCAACCUAGGUCUCAAAGGACCUUUUUUAACGACGAACGAUAAAUAUUUUACAGACAAAAAGAAAGUGGUGAUUGUCGGUCUUCCCGGUGCGUUUACGCCAACCUGAUCGACGCAACAGGUAUCUUCUCUGAUGCUGAUUGUGAUCGGAUCACAUGAAACAUGAACAUGUUGUAAGUACAUGAUUUCUACUGAUCUUUACUCGUAAGUAGUCGCGCGCUUUCUAAGUAGUUGUAGGACCAGACAGCGAUUGGAGGUAUUUCAUCUGAUCCGAACAGAUCGUGAAGAAUGCGAUUACUCUUACUUCUUCAUAUUCUUGCAUCGCAUACCUAUUCAACAUUGCUAUCAGGCACCCGCAUAUCUAGCUGCAGAAGCAGCGCUGAAAGCGAAGGGGGUGAGUGAAGUGCUGAUUUUUACCGUCAAUGAUGGCGCUGUGGUAUCCUUUUGGUCUGAGUACCUUAGAGGGAUUGAUUACGCAUCAAAACCAAAAAUUAUGGCGUUUACUCCUUCAUCGGAAGAUUCGUUUGCACUUGGUGACUAGAAAUAGGUAUACAACAUAUGCGUGAUUUCCCCAUCCCCUUCAACUACAUCAAGUCUUCAUCCAUCCUUCUUUCAUCUCUCCCGCGAAUGAGAUCGCGAAAUACAAAUUUGACUUCGAUAACUUUGUCAAAUUUGCUGCUGACCCAGCUAGCGAACUGCCGAAAGCCUGCGGCUUACAAAUCACAAAGGGUGGACCACUUAAUUAUGGCUGUGAUCAUGUACUUCAUCAUUGAUGACGGUUGGCUUUCAACUCUUUUUUUUCGCUGGUAUUUCAUGUAUCACUUGCUUAUUCUGACCUUGCCAUGACCCACACUGUAUGCUAAGCGUUUUGCUCGAAAUUUCUUUCGCUCACUCUUCGUCUAACCCCUAGUCCUCGGACAUCACCGUUCGAAGCGGUUUGCGUGCAUAGUAGAGGCAGAAGAUGGAAAGGGGAUUGUGAAAUGGCUAGACGUGUCCGAGACCGACGACGACCCAGCUGGUGAUGAUGACCCCAGUAAGACGAUGCCGGAUGCGGUUUUGAUUAUGAGGAGUUGGAAGUUUAUUUUCUUAAUAGACAUUCAUUUUUAUUCUCUUUUGGUAGAUCAUGUAGAUUGGAAUAGGACUGGGGAUACAUCAAGUAGCGUACGCAUGAACGUGAAAGACCUCUAACGUGGAACAGCUCUAGAAGCAGGCCCAUGGACGACACGGAAGGUCGGCAUUUGUUGCCACGCUUCAGCAAACGAAGUAGUGGAUGCAGUUGCAUAAGCAUUAAUUUGUUGAGGUGGAGGAGGCGCUGUUGCAAAACCGACGCACACCACACCAACACGUUAAAAACCCAGUUUCACUACAAUUUCGAGUUCAAUUUUUCAAUCAUAAUUCAAACAGAUACACUCGUAUUUGAUACCAAUAACUUUUACGAUCAUCCACUACUACUUUUCUAUGAGAAUAUAAGUACUCUAGUACUGCAACUUCACCGUGAUCCUCUGUUCCCAGCAGUUGUGUGGAUUCUAACGACGGGUCGUGCAGAGGUGAUUUCAUCUUUAUUCAGACUUGAUGUUCCGCAAAUUGACAGAAGUAUCGAGGAUGUUGUGGAGACCUCCAAAAUUUGACGAAUAAAACUAAUGAAGAAUGAUCUCACCCUUGGAAAAACAAAU